AUUUAUUAUUUAAUUUUAGAUAACGACAAGGCAGCUUGGAAAUUUGUCCAAUCAAUACAUAAUCAAGAAAACAGGCAUCGCAACUCUGAUGAGACAAUUAAUACUUUAUAUCGAUCGGUUGAUAAUAUUGAUUACACAUCAGUGAUAAAUAAGGAACAAUUACUCCCCAGCAAUAAACCAACCUUUCGUCCACAUGAUCCCAAUGAAAUAGUAGAUUCUUCUCUAAGGGAGAUAAGUAGCAAUAUGACAGAUGAAACAGUGCCAGCAGUAAAAGUCGCCCAAUCAACCAUAACUCCACGAAUUGUGCAUAAAUCUAAUGUUCCUGCUAUCAAUGAAAUAAAUUCAAACAAAUCAACAAGGAAAAGGAGCUCGGUGUGGAUGUAUUUUGAUAAAAAAGAUGAUCAACACGCCCUAUGUACAAUUUGCAAUUUCAAAGUAAAACAUUGUGGUGGAACGUCAAAUUUGCAGGCACAUUUGACUCGAAGUCAUGGACCCCUGUGCUCAGGGAUAUUUAAUAAUAAAAGAAUUAUAUCAGAAUCUGAAAAUGAAAAGGUUGCAACUCCUAAUGAUCCAUCUCCAAAACGCAAGAAAUUUUCAUUAAUGAACAAGUUUUCGCGCAUUGAUGAAGCUUUUCAGAAGGCAAAUUCUUUCGCAGAAGGAGGGUCGCAUUCCGACAAGAUCACUGCUGCGUUAAUGUUCACGAUAACAAAGGAUAAGGAACCUCUAGCUAUGGUCGAGAGAGAAGGCUUUAGGCAUUUCAUGAAAGUGAUAGUUCCGCUGUAUCGCAUUCCUGAUCGGAAAACGGUAACAUGAUUAAUAGAUCAUCGCUACAUGGAAGCUAAAGGAGCCUAUAAGCUUUCAUUGAAGAGAGCAUUGUCGUAUACCUUGACAUGCGAUAAUUGGACGGACUGCACGUUCCAGACCCACUCGGCAUGUAAUAUUGCUGAAAUACUGUAAUGUUCGGAAAUGGUACAGAAAUAUUUCAUUAAUAUUUCAAUUGUAACUUUGCAUCCGAAAUAUUUCGGAAAUGUACCUGUA